UCGACACACAUCCUCAAAGAGAUAGAGAGAUAUUUGUACUCAGAAUCUUUUAACAAGGUGGUAAUAAUAAUGUGGAUACUGGGAUUGUCUAUUGUUGCUGUGCUAGUGAUUUAUGUAUUUCAUUGGAUUAUUAUUCUUACAAACCCAAAAUUUAGAAAUAGAUCUUCUCUGCCUCCUGGUUCCAUGGGUUUUCCAUUCAUUGGGGAGACCUUUCAGUUCAUGAUUCCAAGUUACUCAUUGGAUAUUCAUCCUUUCAUCACAAAGAGGAUCCAGAGAUUUGGUCCUAUAUUUCGAACUAGUUUAUUUUAUCAACCGAUUGUGAUAUCAACAGACCGUGAAUUCAAUAAUUACUUAAUUCAGCAAGAAGGCAAAUUGGUUGAAUUAUGGGCAGGUCCUGUCUCCAAUAUGUUUCGACAAUUUGGUGAAUCUGAAAUAUUUUUUGGGAACAUCCACAAGCACAUUCGAAGCAUCACUCUAAAUCACAUUGGUCCUGAACGCAUAAGAGAAAAGUUAAUUCCUCUAUUUGAAGAGAUGAUUCUCAACACUUUUCAUCAAUGGUCAACUCAAACAUCUAUCGAUGUUAAACAAUCUAUAACAAAGAUGAACUUUCAAUUUUUUGCAAAGUUUUUUUUCGGGUAUGAUAUUGAAAAUUUACCUCGCAAUACUGAAAGAAUUUCAGAAGAAUUAUUCACAAAUUUUACAGAAGGGUUGAAGACAAUUCCAUUAAAUAUUCCAGGAACAAAUUACCACAAAUGUUUGGAGGAAUGGAAGAAAGCAAUUAAAAUUGUUAAGAAUAUCUUAGAAGCAAGGCGCAAUUCACCAGAAAAAUACCGAGGAGAUAUUCUUGACCAAGCAAUUAAUGACCUAGAAAAGAACAAAGUUAUGAAUGAUGACCAAAUUGUCUUUGUCAUAUUAGGGAUAUGGUUUGCUUCUUCUGCGUCAAUUUCAUCAAUAAUACAAUUAAUCUUUAAGUUUUUAUCAGAUCAUCCUUCUGUGAUUGAAGAACUCAGAGGAGAACAUGAGGACAUUCUCAGAAGUAGAGACAAAUCAAGCUCUUCAUUGACAUGGAAUGAAUACAAAUCCAUGAAAUUUACACAGCAGGUAUUGAAUGAGGCUCUUAGGUUCUCAACUUUGCUUCCUGGACUACUAAGAAUAGCAUUAAAAGAUAUUCACUUCAAUGAAUAUGUAAUUCCAGCUAAUUGGAUCAUCCUGAUUUUUACUCCCAGCCUUCAUAUGAACUCAGAAAUAUAUAAAGACCCACUUACCUUCAAUCCAGGGCGCUGGAAAGAGCUUGACUCCCUCACCGUGACAAAAAAUUUCAAGCCUUUUGGUGGAGGAUUGGCACAAUGUCCAGGAGCUGAGUUAACUAGAGCUUUCAUAGCCACCUUUCUUCAUGUUUUGGUCACAAAAUAUAGGUGGACAAAAAUCAAAGGAGGAAAAGUUAUUCGAAAUCCAAUUCUGGGAUUUAAGGAUGAAUUUCAUAUCAAGAUUUGGGAGAACCGUGAGUAAAAUUAAAGCUAUAUAUAUAUAUAUAUA